UGCCUGCUGUAUUCACUGCACAACCAGUAUCUUUCUUGGGGCAGUUCAACACCAAACCCCCCUCAACCCCCCUUCUCUUCAGCGACGAAGACUCCAGUCACUUCUAGUCGUUACCCCACCCCGCUUUCCGUCCUCUUGCAACGCCCCCCUCCUCAUCAAUCAGAACUCCAUUAUUGAAGACAACCCCUCCGCAUAACCUCACACGCGCAUUGCAUGGUCGUAACCAGACAACCUCAACUCUGUGCAUCAUGGCUGGCUCGGUUGAUCCUGGCGUGCUGCGAAGAUUUCUCGUUCCCUAUGAAGAGAAGGAUGAUUUGAGCCGCCGCAUGAUCUCAGGCCAUGCCGUCCAGCAGCCCAGAGGUUCACCGUACUUCGGUCACAUGAGCCCGGUCCCGCAUGUGUUCCAAUACCCCCCUUCGUCAUCGACUCCAUCCAGACGUAGCCGAACAGACAGCGUCCCGUCGAGCAGUACUGCGCACAGUAUACAGGACAGCAUCUUCAGCUCUUCGUCCCAUAAAUCUUCGACGUCCACAAGAGCCUCGUCGGUGCUACCGCCUCGAUACGAGCCAAUCCCCGAAGAUGUCGCGGCCACCGUUUUUGCCCGGCAGCCAAGCCAGGGGGCGAACUUUCUGCCCUGCGAGUUUAAUGUGGCCGGCUAUGAGGAGUGCAAUGAAAGGUUCCCCAUUGACGCAACAGAAGUUUGGGCUGAACAUAUGGCUUCCAAGCACCUCCGCCACUGCCUACCUCACAAACUCGUGUGCUGGUUUUGCAGUGAUAUCGAGUUCGAUGCACAUAGCCAAUGUCAGGGUGACCUUCACCUCAAUUUCUGGCAUCGGAUGGAGCAUAUCCGCAACCACCUCGUUGAUGGGAAUACGCCCGAUGACAUACGCCCCGACUUCCACCUUCUUGAACACUUGUACCAGAACAAGAUGGUAACAGACACGACGUAUAAUAGAUUGUGCAAUACCAACGAAGGUCAUCAGGUGGACGGAGUAUACAAGUAUAACUUCGUUGCGCCAGAGAGGCGGGUAGCUGAGGAGCGUAAUGAAAUGAUCAUUACGGACCAGCGGAAAGAAGAAAGGCAAGCCAAGAAGAACAAAAACGGCCGCCACCACCAUCACCACCACCACUCCCGGGUCCAUUGAAUACGAUCCGUGUCAUCGUGCUUACGUCGGUGUGCGCGUGAACGGCUUCCUUCGUGCGUCAACAGGUAACAUUUUGGUGGGAGAUGUUCCUGAGUUUUCCUCUGGGGUCGAGCAAAAGAUGAGAAGAGUUCUUGAUAUGGAGCGGUCAAGACGCGCUACCC